UUUGGGCAGGCAGUUCUGGUAUUUGUGUGCUAGAAGGUGGUUCAGCCUCGCCUUCACCAGUGAGAAUUCAGUUGGUUCCCUUAUUCUGAGCACAGGACGGUUUUAGCCUACUCUCUUUGGUAUCCCCAAACACAAUGUAACUACUGUCUGCGGUCGCCUGGUACUGUGGGACUUUCCUUGGCAAAUCAGUUCUCCUGGAAGAGAAGCUAGGCUUUGUGGCAAUUAUAAAAUGAGGAUUUUCAUCUCUUUUGAGGGAUCUUUUGAACCUUUUGAUGUUUCGGCAGAGGACGCAGUAAGAGCUGUGAAGCUGAUGAUAAAGGAUUACUUCCAUAUUCCACUAUCUGAGGAUAAACAAGGCAAGACGUAUCUACAACUGAUGUACGCUGGAGCUGUGCUAAAUGAUGACUGGAGUCUUGCUGAUAUAGGAGUAUCACUUGGUGCAAAUCUCAAAUGCUUGGUCAAGAAAGAAAACAAACCGACCCUCUACAUCUAUAAUGCAGUAACUCAAGAAACAAUGCCAAUAAUGGGGAGCAUUUACCUUCUUGGUAAAAAAGUGUCCUAUCUGAAAACACUGAUAACCCUGCGAUGUGGCUUUCCAGUGAGUAUCUUCUGUCUCCGGACUCCUCAAGGAAGGGAGAUGUAUGACUGUAACACACUGAUUGAUUACCAAACAGAUAUAGGAACAACGCUUCGCUUAGAUGUAUGGGAUGGAUGGAAAGAAUUUCUUACUGGUUGUCUCCAAGGACAGAAGCUUAAAGUCCAACAGUAUCUAUCAGAAAAGGAACCAGUACUCAAGUACCAGAAGAGGGUAGCACUUUAUAUGGCUGCAUUUUAUGGAUAUAUUGAGCUCACAGAGUGGAGCCUACAGCAAGGGGCAAGGCCCAACGAAGCAGUUGGCGUACAUCCCUACCGAGAAUGGUGUCAUGAAACUUAUCACCCAGAUACUACCAAAUGUCCCAUUCAUGCAGCUGCAGAAACAGGCCAACUAUUGGUACUUAAGGCCUUUAUCAAUUACAAUGUCCUGUGCCUGGACUGUAAAAAUGCAGUGGGACAAAUCCCACUGACAAUUGCCCUCAAACACAAGCAUAAAGACUGCGUACUAUAUUUGGUGGCUAAGAUGUGGUCCAUGGUUUCUUAUUCUAAAAUUUCAAUCCCCAUGAGGAUCUACAUUAAAAUAAAACAAUGGCUUCUCAGAGCCCAGCAUCACAUCCUUCAGAGAAGACGCCACGAUGGGACUCAGGUGUUCAGAACUCGAGUUGGAGAUUUUGUCAUGGUGGAUGGCUUCACCCAACCGAAAAUGACCUCCAAAGAAUGGAGUAAAGCUGGGAACAAGGGCAUAAAAAGCAAAGUUUCCAGACUGCCAAGUUUCUGUGAAAAAACCCAAAGCAGGAAAACUUCGGAUCCUGUAACAGUUCCAUGGCAGCAGAAAAGUGUAGGAAGCAUAAAACUGCCUCCAAUAAAAAGAAAUGAGUUCUCAAGAUUACAAGAAUGUUACUCAAGCAACCAGAAAAAGAAGAUGGCUACAUCUAGGAAGAAGAAAGUGAUGACAACGAAUCUGUACUCAGCCCAAGUUCCUCUUCCUUCACUUGCUACUAGGGGCUACUCACACCCUCCUUUUUACUAUGUGACACCUAAGGCAGCUCGUUUCCUAACUUCAUCCCUUGAAUCUUUCUUGGAACACAGUGGGAAGACUGCAAGAGAGAAUGCAAUCUACUGCUUAGCUACUGCAAGGUAUUUUUCUUCUUUAACCAUUCAUGUUGGCCAAUAUUUAAAAUUGUGCAUCCUAGGUAAAAAAUUAUCAUCAUCAUCAUCAUCAUCAUCAUCAUCAUCAUUAUCGUCAUCAUCAUCAGCCUCAGUAGCACCUACACUGAGGCACUUAUCCCAACUCUCCUUUUCUUUCAUGAGUCAUGUGUGGGACAGAGACCACUUACUCAAAAAUGAAAACAAAGACUUAGAUACCUUGAAAGUAGAAAGGAAUUUAUUGCUUUCUCAUGAGAAAGGGUACCCUCUUAGUCUCCAUUUCAGGCCAGGAGAGUACAUUUGGUACAGAAAUCAAGGCUUAUUUAUUUAUACCCUAACUCGAGUUCCUCCUCCCUAACCCCCUUCCCCUUAUCCCAUUGGCUGGGCUUUCAGGGGGCACAAUCUUUUCACAGAAAUCUAGAACAAAGGUAGUUACACAAGUUUGCCCAGAGACAAGAAAAGGCGGGAAGUUUGAAAGCAACAGUCAAGAAAUAUUAACAAGAACCAUUGAUUCCCUGAGGAUCAUCUCUCAGGACAGGUUCCCAGAGAGGUUAGGGAUGUAGCCGUACAGUCAAGAAAACUUGGAAUCAAGUCUUGUCCCAUCCCUUCCAGUUCAAACUGUAUCCACUGUCUCAAUGGAAACGACAUAGGUAUUGGCUCAUGAACCACUGAACCCUGAGGAGGAGGAGUGAGUAGUCACCUGCCCUCUGGGGACCCCGAGUGCCCAGCUGGGAAAUGAGCCCAGAGUUGGUGCUAAAUUUGUAUGAUAGCUCAUCUUAUCAUAGAUCCCCUACACACUGUAGCACCCUAUACUCCCUGGAGUUAAGGUUUAUUUUACUAAUGAUUAUCCAGUUCCAAUAGAAUUCUAAGAAAGAUUUUUAGAACAAAAUCGAGUUGUGAGGGCCUCAUGCCUAUUUAGCAUUGAAUGUGAAUUAGAAACUCUCCAAGUCCAUCAAAUAAGGUCAUGUGAGAUUCUGCCAAAUUUGAGUUUAGGUUCCCAGUAUGGUAUUACAGAAGUAAAAGAUGGAGUCCUUUUCUCUCAGUGAAUUUUCAUAAGUGUUAUGGAAUUUCCCAGUGAAGAGUUAGUUAAGUGUUAAAUCACAAGGUCCCUCGUGUUUUUUUUUUUAAGACAAAUAGGGAAUUAUCAGUCCCACACAUGAUUAAGAGUGUUUCUGUUAAGUGAGAACAGAAAAAAGAAUUUGAAAAAUAGGGGAAAGAAAAUGUAUUUUAAAAGCAUAGGUCUGGAGGCAGCAAACUGUAAUCCUGGGCCAAAUAAUCCAGAAGCUGCCUGCUUUUGUAUAGCCUGAAAACUAAGAAGGUUUUUACAUUUCUAAAUAAAGUUUUUAUUGUAUUUUAAAAUGUAAAAACUAUUCUUAGCUUGAGGGGCCAUAUAAAACAAGAUAUAAAGGGGCUGUGGUUUGUCAACUCCUGGCAUAAGUAAUUGGACAAUGAUGAAAAUGGAAGCAAAUAGGUAAGUAAUUGAGUAAUAAUGUGAGUCAAAAUGAAUUAAGCAAAAUAGUGAGGUGAAGCUCUUGGAGAUAAAAAUGGGACCGGAUGAGAAAACUGGAUGGAAGUGAUAGUAUCUGGCGAUAAGCAAACUUACUUGAACCAGAUGCUUCUGGCACACGCAUUCUCAUAAACACCCACACCCAUUGGUGACACCCCAUGAUUCUGUCUUUCCAGGGUCGUGUAACUACCAUGCUAUGACAUUCUGUACACGAAUUUUAUCACAAACAUUUUAUUUUUUGAGCCCCUGCUCCUUUCUUACUAUUUGG